AUGGUAUCUUCUUCAAGUGCUCGCCGAAGACUCUUAUGUGGUCCUGAGGACCCCUCCGUAUUAUAUCUGCAGAGACAACACGUCUCUAAUAACAUAUGGACAGGAGUGCCAUCAGAAGAUGUACGCUGCAGAACAUACGAAGGAAUCAUUUGGGAUGUUCCCAUACAUCCUCGUGUUAUGGCAGUAAUUGACAAGAUGGGGUUUGGCGGGAUGUUGAGGUGUGGUCAACCGAAAGACAUUGACCACCAUCUUAUCACCGCAUUGAUUGAACGAUGGAGGCCAGAGACUUACACGUUUCACUUUCCAGUCGGUGAAGCGACCAUGACUUUGGAAGACGUGGAGGUCUUAUGGGGCCUCAAAGUUGACGGGGAAGCUGUGACGGGUUAUAUCCCCAGUAAGGAUGCCGGCUAUUGGACGCAGGCGUGUCUGGAUUUUCUUGGAUUUAUACCAUAUACUGUUGAGAUGAAAGAACUGGUUUGGAAGCCGACGAGCUUAUCAAAACAACUGAGGGUUGAGUUGAGUGAUGACCACGACCAAUACAUAUAUGUUAAACGCGCCCGUGUUUAUUGUCUGCUAUUACUUGGUGGUUUGUUGAACCCGAACGCCUCCGGUAAUAAAAUUCCAUUCUUCUACCUUCAAUUUUUCAUGGAGGUACAACGUUGUGCUAGCUAUAGCUGGGGUGGUGCGACUCUUUCCUGCUUGUACCACAAUCUUUGUGAAGCUGCACUUGCAAAGAGGACCGAUGUCGGGGGAGCUCUUACUCUGUUACAGUUGUGGGCUUGGGAGAGAAUCCCAAUUAUUAGACCGACGAUGCUAAAUUCCGUUCCCAUAGACUACGUACCAUGUGCACUCGCGUAA